AAUACCCCUUAAUAGACAGUAUUAGUUAGGUAGGACUUAUAGCUUUGUUUAUUAUUUCACAUUUACGCUUCAAAAUUAAAAGGCUGUAGCCAUCCAAACCUGCAUGGAAAAUGUCUGGGCAUGUGAAUGAAAGUAUGGAUAAAGGUUCGAUAAUGGACUCAGAAGACAGAAUAGAGAAGAUGGUUGAUAUCUAUGUGAGUGCUGAGGCUGUAAGAGAUAUGAAACAUAAGAAAGACAAAGAGGACUUUGACAACCAAACACCGAAAACCCAAACACCUCAACACACAGGAAGUGAUCCAGUGAGGAACAGAAGCUCCAGAGCAGCUGCAGUGUGUUUGGUGCUGCUGUGUGUUCUUCUGCUGACUGCAGUCAUAGUGCUGUGUGUAACAUUCACUCAAGAGAGACAACAGUUCAUAUCCAAGAAUGAAAACCUGACCAAUGAGAGAGAGCAGCUAAUACUCAAGAACACAAACCUGACCAAUGAGAGAGAGCAGCUAAUACUCAAGAUCACAAACCUGACCAAUGAGAGAGAACAGCUAAGAAAUGAACUUCAGAUUUGUGUUGGAUGGAUUUACUAUCAAUCCAGUCUUUACUACAUGUCCAAAGAGAAGAAAAACUGGACUGAGAGCAGAAGAUACUGUACAGAGAGAGGAGCAGAUCUGAUCAUCAUAAACAACAGAGAGGAAAAAGAUUUUGUUCACAACACGUCUGGUAAUGCUGUAUUUUAUAUUGGUCUGACUGACAUUGAUGUGGAGGGCACAUGGAAAUGGGUUGAUGGCAGCACACCGAACAGUUUCAGCUUCUGGGCGUCCCAUGGACAAAUAAUAGAGCCAAAUGGAGGAAACGGCCAAGUAGAAGAGGACUGUGCUGUGACUGUAGCUGUGCCUAAACUGCCAGAGUGGGCUAAUUUAGUAGGGUGGCUUGAUGUUGCAUGUAUUGAACAAUUUCAAUGGAUCUGUGAGAAGAGGAUUUCACAGUUCAUACUGCCAUAGGAACAUAUCAUACACCUUUCUGACACAAUUUCAACAAUACAAAACUUUUGUAAUAAUUGAUUAACAUUUAAAACAGUGUUUCUCAACCCUCAACUGCACAUUUUGAAUGUCUCCUUUUGUCAGACUCCCAUUUCAUGUCCAUAAUACAUAAUGUGCAAAAUGGGACUCCAGAAGUGCGUUUCAUUCAACCAGAAAUGCCUUGUGAGUGAACGUCUCAGAGUUUUCCAAUUUAUAAUUGAGAUUUCAGUCUUCAUUUAUUAUUUGUACAUUAUUCAGUUAUACAUCACCAGUCACUGUGAAACAUUCCAGUACUUAAAAUAAGUUUGAAUAAAACAAAGGUGUUAAACAGGAGUUAAGGCUGCAGCAUUAUUAUUAAUUCAUCCCAGGUUUUGGUUUGUAUUCAUUUUUCAUAAAUGAAAAUUGUGAGACAAGCAUGUUAGAUGUGAUAGUUACAAUGCAAAAUACUUGAAAAAAGUCUG